CGCAUACUCACGACCGCAGCGAACCUCUGGGCUAAUCGUCAAUUGUGCCAGUUCAACCAGACAGACCGACAGCGACAUCAUGUCCGACGCGACGAGACCCUUGCCAGAUGGGCUGAGGAGGCUCAUGAUGGAUAGAUCUUCCGCUCGUGCUUCCACCACUCCCGCUUCUACCAUUCCCGCUUCAAUCGCUCCGGCUGUCGAAGAGACCACGACCAGCUCCACUGACGACUCCCACUGCUGCGACACUACCCCUCCUGAUCUCGAUCCUCACUAUCCAUUCGUGGGCCCCGAGUCGUUCAAUUCAGACAUCGACUUUCAAACACAUAUCGGCUCAUCCUACUCGUGGAGUCCGACCGGCGAUAUUUUCGCGACCGGCUGCCAGUUAUGUCGCAAACCCGACUCCAAGGAAUGUCGUCAGUGCAAGGCGGUCCGAUACUGUGGCACGGGCUGUCAGAAAAUCAUGUGGCGGAAGGAGCACAAGGAGAACUGUGGCAAGAACUUCGCGGAUCGCCUCGAGAGCAUCUUAAGGACCGGAGAACCGCUAUGGUACUCGAACAUCUAUCGAGUGUUCGGCUUCUCAAAGGCGACCACGGGAGGCGAUGCGGAGCGUCUUCGUCAGCUCUACUUGGAGCUUCUGGAUGCCAAGGAACUCAACAUCACUACAGAGGACCUGCUCAAGUGGCGUAGCAAGCGCAUCAUGAAGGAGAAAGUCCAGGCAGCCUGCGAACUGCUUCUCGCGGAUCCAGACUGCAAGCCCCGCUUUUCUGCCUGGUUCAUCAAGAACACCCACCUCCUCGACGUCGAAACUAAGGAGCAUGACGCUCAUCUGACGGCUUGGCGUGGCCUUCAUUUGCCGAAAGUCCAGAGCCAGCAGCAGUAUGCAGCAAUCACGAGCGCCUGGACCAACACCGAGGCUCGUUGUUACAUGAUGUUCUACAAGCUCUUCUACGGCAUGGCGCCUGAUGUCACCGACGAGACGUACCGCUACUUCGCCUUCUGUGUCUGCAACAUGACACAACACCCAAACAUUGCGGAUCUCGGCAAGCUCUACGUCGACCUGAUGAAGAAGUGCAACUUCCGACAAUUCGUCCAGGCCAUCGACAACAACAGCCAGCACCCCAAGCCCGGCAACGAGCCAGGUCUUGUGACGUUGUUCAAGUCAAAGGGCCUCGGGGGCCCCCUCCAGCGCUUCCCUCACAUCGAGACGGUCCUGUUCAGUCGAGAGUUCCACCAGGCCGUGUGGUACCUCAAGCAGUACAUCAUCUCCAAGGAGGAGAACUUGCGCCCAGACGGCUUCUUUGGAUACAAGCGACUGAUGCCAGAGGACGCUGACGAGACACUUACGGCCAUUUACUACGAGUACCUGGUCAAGAAGGGUAGAGACCCAAUGGCGCUCCAUGGGGCCUCUGUGGACGAUACUCUCUACGAGUGCGUCCACGCUGUGCUGCCAAAGUUGGACCCGAAGUGUGAGGAGUUGAUGCGCAAUGGGGUCAAGCGCGUACGCGGCGUGGAGACAAAGUUCUGCGGUUGCGUGGACUCUUACCGUUUUUCCGAUGAGGACGUCUUCCACCCAAUGAUCCCGGCCAAUCACGGUCUGGUUUUGGGAGAGCUCUGAGCGGACGGAAGCGCUUCUGGUGAGUGGUCUGGGGUGGAAAAUUGGUGGAGGAGUGGAGCUGAUUUGGGGGCUGCUGGAGAUAGGUACCUGGUUCUGACGUGAAAUCAGGUAGAUAAUGCAACCUGUCUCUCAAACAUCGUG